AUGGCAAACCAGCUGUUUGCAAAGAAUCAGCCAAGGCCAGCGACUUCUUCCUCUUCGUUGUCUCCUUCGCCGACCAACCACCACCCUGUGCGGCCCCCUAUCCACCCUCCUGCAGUCCAGCCACCUCAAUCAGCCGUCGCAAACACUUUUGGCCCGAAACGCUCGAAAGAAGAGAUAUUCUCCCCUUAUCCCCGUGAUAUUCCAGCUGGUUUCGCGACUCCACACCCCCAUAUAACAGUCGAGAAAGUCAAUACGGCGCAUAUCCCUUCCUUGACGCGGAUCACGGGCUUACUCCUUCCUAUCCGCUACCCAAACUCGUUCUACACAGCUAUCAUAACUGAUCCGGUAAUUGCUUCUCUUUCGCGGGUUGCGAUUUACCAUGACCACCCCGUUGCUGCAGUCCCAGGAUCUGGCGCAUCUGCCGGGACGGACAAAGUCAUCGGGGGCAUUCGGUGUCGGCUAGAGCGAAUCCGACAGGAAGAGAACUCAAAGAAAGAGAAUGCAACACAAGGGAACCAAUGCCACACAAAUCUCUAUAUUCAGACCCUACAUCUUCUCUCGCCAUACCGGGGCAGUGGUGUGGCAGCAUCACUGUUAAAUUCACUUCUCUUUGUGUCGCCGCCAGACCGCAAGGGCCAAGACUCAUAUCGGGUGUCCGAGCUUGUCAGGCACUAUAACAUCUGCUCUGUUACAGCACAUGUUCAUGAGUCAAACGAAGAGGGGUUGGAAUGGUAUAUUGCACGGGGAUUUAGAGUCGACGGUGAUGUAGCCGAAUACUACCGGCGACUGAAGCCGUCGGGCGCGAAGAUCGUACGACUAGAUUUGAAGUGGAAUGAAGAGGAUGAAGCACAUUCUCGGACCGAAAUCAAUGUACAGGCUACGGCUUUUCCUGGUGAAGCAGAAGACGAGGACUGGGAGAAGGUGGAGGUGGAGGAUGGCGAAGAAGAUGACCAUGGGGUACAGCAUUUGAAUGAGUCGCAAGUCCUUGAAAAGCAGGAUACACCUUCGCGUAAGCGCAAGGCAGAAGAUGACAAUCACAAACCUCAGGUCGAGUGA